GCCAUCCCUCGGUUGAUCAAAGUGCAGUUCAAGUUCUAUUUCAGUCGUGGGGGAGGUGUGUAUACCAGGCAGAACAUCGAGGUUGCUACUCUGAAGACCUGGCCGCGGCACAACCGCGCCCUGCUCCUCUUUGUGGACAUCGUUUUCUUGUGCAUGUGCUUAGCAUCCACGGCCUUUAUGGCCCGUGAAUUCUCGAAAGACAUGAAGGCAGGGAAGAUAUUUGGCCACUUCAACUUGAUCAACUCCAUUACCUGGCUCAGUUGCUUGUUUGGCUUCACCCUUAGUGUGAUUGAAGCCUGCCACCCCGUGCAAGCAUGCCGUGAACAAUUCGGCACUCUGAUAUGUUUGUUUUGA